UCUAUUCAACAAGCGGCUGUUCUGGUGAUGAUGAUUUCCCAGAAUUUGAUAUUGGAAAAUAUCUUGGAAAGUCCACUUCCAUGACAAGACCACAAAAAUUAGAUAUUUUGAAAAAAUGUUGGUCUCCUCCGAAGAGCUAUGACUUCAGUAAAGAUGUUGCUGAACGUCGAAUUUACUCACAAAGAAAGUUUAUUCAUGAUUGGCUCACAACCUAUGCACCUUGGCUUACCUAUUCAAAAAAAUUGAAAGGUGCCUUAUGCCUAUAUUGUGUAUUGUUUCCCCCAACUGUGGUACAAGGCGUUUUGAGAUCAUUCAUUGUGACGCCAUUUACGCGAUAUAAAAACAUGCAUGAGGAGUGUAAAAACCAUGCACAAAGUAAAUGGCAUAAGCAAGCAACUACAUCAGCUAACAGUUUUCUGAAUGUUUUACCUGUAAACGUUGUAGCUAUAUCUGGACAUCAAAGUUUAAUUGAAAACAAUCGGAAAAUUUUGUCUUCAAUUAUUUCAACAAUUAUAUUCUGCGGUACACACGACUUGCCAUUAAGAGGAAAAGAAUCACAAACUGGCGUUUUUCACGACUUAAUUAAAUUCAAAAUUGAUGCCGGAGAUGAAAUUCUUAAAAAACAUAUAGAAGAAGGCAAAAAAAAUGCUUCGUAUCUAUCGGUACAAAUACAAAACGAAAUUGUCGAUUUAUUGGGGCGUACUAUUCAAGAAAUUUUAAUUGAAGAUGUUAAAAAAUCUCCAGUAUAUAGUAUAAUGGCAGACGAAACUGCCGAUAUGUCUGGUAAGGAGCAGCUAUCUAUUGGUGUUAGAUUUUUUGAUGAACAUAAAAUGAUAGUUCGUGAAGAAUGUCUUGGUUUCAUUGAAUUAAAUGCCAUGGAUGCUAAAACAAUCGCUAAUUUCAUUGAUAAUUUCAUACAAAACCAUGGUCUGGAUCCGAUGAAAUGUGUGGGGCAAGGCUAUGAUGGCUGUUCCACAAUGUCUGGCGAUAACGCAGGAGUGCAAAAAAUUCUGAAACAAAAAUAUCCAAAGGCUUUGUAUUUUCAUUGUGCCAGCCAUAAAAUUAAUCUUGUUGUCAAUGAUUCAAGCUCUGUUCCUGAAAUCCGCAAUACUAUAUCAACGGUCAAG